AGCUACGUUUUUUCUCCUCAUUAUCUUUAUUAAAUAAAACCGCAUUUUUAUAAGUCAACCAGUCGGUUAUAUCCGGUUAUAUCCGGUUCUACAGUGAGAGAGGGAGUGAAGUUAAGCCACAAUGGCCCCGAAAAGCGCUUUUCCUCGCUGUCGUCAUGGAUUCUGAGAACGACAUCCUGUCGAAGGAGUACCUGAAGAUGAUGACGGAUAUGAUCGUGCUGUGUGCCACUUUGGCGCUGUCUCUCUUCUUCUGGAUCCUCUCCCUCACCAUGAGCGCCGUGUCUGGGAACCUGCAGCCGGUGUCACCGUGGCGAUGGUUGUUCUCCAUCUUGGUUCCCCUUACACUGACGGGUCGAGCGUUAAAGAGACGCAGUCUGGACCGGUCAGGAGCUCUCGGAGCUCUGCUGGUGGGCUUCGUUUUGACGAUGGCCAACUUGAGCUUCUUCUCCGCCCUGCUGGCCUUCUUCAUCACCUCCAGCAAGCUGACCCGAUGGGGGGCAGAGAAGAAGAAGAAAAUAGAUGCCGACUACAAAGAAGGGGGUCAGAGGAACUGGGUUCAGGUGUUCUGUAACGGCGGCGUUCCCACGGAGCUCGCUCUGCUCUACAUGAUCGAGGUGGGACCCGGUGAAAUCCCCAUCGACUUUGGGAAACAGUACUCCGCCUCCUGGAUGUGCCUCUCUCUGCUGGGGGCGCUCGCUUGCUGCACGGGGGACACCUGGGCGUCGGAGGUGGGGCCUGUCCUCAGCCAAUCACAGCCCAGACUCAUCACCACCUGGAAGGAGGUCCCAGCAGGAACCAACGGAGGCGUUACUCCCGUCGGAUUGGCGGCCAGCUUCCUGGGCGGGGCGGCUGUGGGCGUGGCUUACUUUGCGAUGCAGCUCCUGACGGUUAGCGACCUGCACCUGGCUGACCCCCAGUGGCCAGUGGUGGUGUAUGGCGGCGUGGCCGGGCUGCUGGGAUCCAUGCUGGAUUCCUUCCUGGGGGCCCACAUGCAGUACUCGGGCUUCGACUCGAGCAUCGGGAAGGUGGUGAGCUACGAGUCGGCCACCACCAGGAGGAUCUGCGGGAAGCCCAUCCUGGACAACAACGCCGUGAACCUGUUCUCCUCCGUGGUCAUCGCCCUCCUCCUGCCUGGGAUGGCGUGGGGACUGUGGCCUCGGUAGACCAGCUGAGCCCGCCUCAGUCGGAUGGUACGCACAUUGAGGACUGCGUUUGCUCACAGGGUUGUGAUUGUGAGGAACAUCUGAUGAAGCUGGAUAGGUGAACAUUACCUGUUGGUCCAACUUCCUCGGCUGUUUGAAGAGUUUAAACAUUCUCACAACCAGCGGAAGAAAACAUUUAAAUCAUCAGCAAAACUCACCAAUAGUCAUUAAAGGAAGAUAAUUUAAAUGCUGGAUCAACCAGCAGCUGCAUCACCUGCAAAAUCACUGACCGAUUAAUAAAGUUCAAUGAUUUUUAAAUCUGAUUUGAUUCUUUACAGUUUAAGAGAUUUAAUCUUCAGAUUUGACAUUAGAGGUUAAAGUCUGCAAAAUUCAGA